CAAGCCACUUGACCAUUUGAAUUAGCUUUCAUUAAAAUGGGGGUUUAAUUAAUGGUGACAUGGAGGAGCUUGACUUUUGUAAACGUUAACGAAAACGUUAACUAACUUUGCCACCUAUGAUUUAGGUGUUCAUGCAAAAUAUUUCCCUCAUAGGAGAGAAGACUGGGUCUUUGCUGGUCUGUCAAUUACCCUUAACAUACAAAUUUAGUUAAAAUAAACCAAAACCCAACAUUUCUAUUCCUCAAAACAUACUCUAAAAUUAGAGCUAUCUUCAUGGAAAAACAAAAACAAAAACAACAAAAGCAAAAAUAGGCAUAACAACCAACCAAUUUUCUCAUGGUUGUGAAGAAACCAUCCUCUGAAUUAAAGAUGAGAGAAAUUGUUGCAGAGCCUCUCAAACAGCUUCUAUUCCAUUUGUCUCUUCCUAUAUAACAUUCAUUCCACACUAGUCUUCCUCGAUUCAUGUAGGCAGCCUUGGGCCUAUCCAAGGUGGCACUGCAGAUUGUUCUCAAAAUGCAGGCCUCAGGCUGCUUCUUAGCUUUCUUUCUCAUUGUUGUUUGCUUCAUCUCUUCUUCAUUCGCCUUGUCAGAAGAUGAAGUCUCCUUCAUCACUCAUAGGCAACUGUUAACUCUCCCUGAGAAUGGCGAUUUGCCUGAUAACUAUGAAAGUGAGGUUGAUUUGAAGGACUUGGAGUUUCCCAAUUCCAGGCUCAAACGUGCAUACAUUGCACUCCAAGCAUGGAAGUUGGCCAUUUACUCAGACCCACUCAACACUACAUCAAAUUGGGAAGGAGUUGAUGUCUGUUCCUACAAUGGUGUUUUCUGUGCACCAGCUCUUGAUGACCCAAAACUCAACGUUGUAGCUGGGAUUGAUCUCAACCAUGCUGAUAUAGCAGGUUACCUUCCUGUUGAGUUGGGUUUGCUCACAGAAAUGGCUCUUUUCCACAUUAACUCGAACAGGUUCUGUGGGAUAAUUCCCGAGAGCUUUUCUAGGCUAACUCUUCUCCAUGAGUUGGAUGUCAGCAACAACCGGUUUGUGGGUUUGUUCCCAAAAGUUGUUCUGUCAAUUCCAAACCUUAAAUACCUUGAUCUAAGGUACAAUGAUUUCGAGGGCAGAUUGCCUUCAGAGCUCUUCAACAAGGAAUUGGAUGCAUUGUUCUUGAACAACAAUCGGUUUGUAUCAACCAUUCCUGAAAACCUCGGCAACUCUCCGGUCUCGGUUUUCGUGGUGGCUAAUAACCAACUCCAUGGAUGCAUCCCUCAGAGCAUUGGGAAAAUGGGCAAGACUUUGAAUGAAAUUAUCAUCUCCAACAACAAGUUUGGUGGGUGUUUGCCUGCUGAGAUUGGCCAGCUUGGAAAUGUGGAGGUUUUGGAUAUUAGCUCAAAUGGGUUCUCAGGGAUUUUGCCCAAAACUUUCAGUUCCCUUGAGAAAUUGGAGGAAUUGGAUGUUUCAAGAAACAUACUAACUGGGUUUGUUCAGGAGAAAAUAUGCAAAUUGCCAAGCUUGACAAACUUCACAUUCUCAUACAAUUACUUCAAUGGUGAGGCAAAAGAAUGUGAACCAUCAUCUUCAAAGGACCUAGAAUUGGAUGACACAAGCAAUUGCUUACCUGAUAGGCCAAAGCAGAAAUCAGCAAAACAAUGCCAUCCCAUAGUGAGCAAACCAGUUGAUUGUAGCAAGGCCAAGUGUGGUGGAGGAGGAGGAGGAGGAGGAGGAAGAUCUUCACCAUCUCCUAAACCAUCAACCCAGAAGCCAAAAUCACCACCAUCAUCACCAUCUCACAAGCCAAAAUCACCAUCUCCAUCUCCACCUCCAUCUCCAUCAACUCCAACUCCAACACCAAAGCCACAACCAACACCAAAGCAAGAAACUCCAAAGCCAAAACCACAACCACCAAAACAAGAGACUCCAAAGCCACAGUCACCACCUAAACAAGAAACACCAAAGCCACAACCACAACCACAACCACCAAAACAAGAAGCUCCAAAGCCACAACCACAACCACCAAAAGAAGAAACUCCGGCACCAAAACCAUCUCCAACCCCGCUUUCUUCACCACCCCCACCCCCACGUGAUGAUCCUGCUGGCCCCUCCCCCAGGGGACGUGUCAGGUCUCCUCCACCACCGGUACCUGUUUCAUCCCCACCACCACCACCAGUACCAGUUUCUUCACCACCACCACCAGUUUCUUCUCCACCACCACCAGUACCGGUUUCAUCCCCACCACCGCCGCCGGUUUCUUCUCCACCACCGCCGCCGGUUUCUUCCCCACCACCGGUACCGGUUUCUUCCCCACCACCAUCGGAAUCUACUCCUCCAGGUGGUGGUGAUUCUUCUGACAAAUCUCCACCACCACCACCCCCAUUUUCUUCUCCUCCACCUCCACGUGAUGAUCCAUGGCUAAGCUCCCCUGUUGCGCUUCCUCGCGUCAGGUCUCCGCCACCUCCGCUUCGUUCUCCACCACCUCCUCCGGUUCACUCUCCUCCACCUCCGGUCCAUUCCCCACCACCUCCCGUCCACUCUCCACCCCCUCCAGUUCACUCCCCUCCACCGCCAGUUCACUCUCCACCACCACCACCACCGGCUCACUCUCCUCCACCACCAGUCCACUCUCCACCACCACCGGUCCAGUCUCCACCACCACCUCCUCCGGCCCACUCCCCACCUCCUCCGGUUCACUCACCACCACCUCCGGUCCACUCCCCACCACCUCCUGUCCACUCACCUCCGCCUCCGGUUCACUCUCCGCCACCACCAAAGCAGCCUCCACCACCUCCGGUGUACUCUCCGCCACCACCAAAGCAGUCUCCACCACCUCCGGUGUACUCUCCGCCACCACCAAAGCAGUCUCCACCACCUCCGGUGUACUCUCCACCACCACCUUCACCAUCUACUUCACCUCCUCCUCCUCCUCCUGCUUCCUCACCACCACCACCUCCAAUGGAAGAAUUGAUUCUCCCGCCAACCUUCGGCUUCGAGUAUUCGUCGCCACCUCCACCAAUGUUCCCUGGCUACUAAACGACACCGUAUCAUGGGUCUCUAAUCUUUCUUAUAUUUUCUUAACUCUCUUUACAGGUUUUACAAUCUUAACACCAUACAACACCCACUUUUGUUAGUUCAUAGUUUGUGUCAUCCGAAAAAAUCAAAAAAAAAAAAAAAAAAAAAAAACCAAAAAAAAUAUUAUAUGAAAAAUGUAAUUUUAUUUAUUUCUUCUAUAUGCCUCUCAACGACAAAUCAAAGUGACACCAUCGGCAAAGAUGUAUAUUAGAAAAAAUUAUUAAUUAAAGAAAAAAAUGUUAAAUUUAUUUGUAUUUUGCCAUGUAAUUUUUUUCCUUUGCUAUUAUAUUUAUUCUAUUACAUUUUUUUUU